AAUAGACUUUUAAAUUUCCGGCUCACAUUGCUGUCUGGAGUUUUCCAGGUGUUCGGUGCACUGGAAACGGAGUGUCACUGUAAGUUGGUAAUGCUAGUGAUGCCUGGGUUGCUGGGGCAUUACACUAGCGGAUUGAAGUGCUCCUGUAGCACAAAUUUCAUUAGCCUACUCAAGAUCAACUGAUGCGUGGUGAGCAGAGAGUGGUACAUUCUGCAGGCUUGCCGGGUGCAAGGUUCGAUGGAGUUCUCGUGUGCUCUGGACGGCAGUCGUGAAAUAGCCAGGCGUCGGGUUAAUUAAAUUGACAGGAAAUGGGCAAGCUCCCACACAGGGAGCAACACACGCCUGCAAGACCAAGACACGCACAUCACACCCUUGGUACAGUUGCGAUUGAACCGCAGCCCAGCGGACCGAACUCGCGCGAACACGGGCAGCAGAAUCUGGAGUUGGCCAGACAGCGUUUCGCUGGCAUUCAGGACAUCAUCAAAGAACACACGGCAGAAUGGCUGAGCCGGUGUGUUACAAAAAGCCACUCAGGACUGCUUCCAUUACGCGCUGAAAUGUCGCUGGGCCAUAAGUAUCUCCUGGUCAUGGCGGAUUACUUUACGCGAUGGGUCGAGGCAUUCCCUUUGCGCGAUAUCACUGCUGUUUCGGCCGCUGCAGCUGUGGUUAAUGGUUGGAUCAGUCGGUUCGGUGCACCUGAACAGCUUCAUUCAGAUCAAGGGGCUCAAUUCGAAUCUCGGCUAUUCGCGGAUAUCUGCCGUCUCCUUGGUAUCCGGAAGACGCGAACCACGCCGUAUCAUCCGUCUGGCGAUGGUCUGGUGGAGCGCGUCAACCGCACUUUUCUAGGUCUGCUGCAUGCCCACAUUACUCCAAACAGUACGGAGUGGGAUGCAACGUUCUCUCUCGUCUUGCUGUCAUAUCGUGCUGCAGUGCACAAGUCCACUGGAUUCAGUCCAGCGCGCCUUCUGUAUGGUGCGGAUGUCCGGCUACCAGCUGAUAUUGUGUUCAAUUUACCUUCGCCACCUUCUACUGAUAUGCAUACCUAUGUCCGUAGUCUCGACACUUCUCUGCGGAAUAUUCACGUUGAAGCCCGUCAUAAUGCUGAUCUUGCUCAUGCGUCUCAGGAACAGUUCUAUAACCGUCGCGUUCAUGGUGAGCCUUAUGUUGUCAGUCAGCAAGCAUAUCUUCAUGAUCCGGUUAUCCGUGCUGGCGAGCACUGUAAAUUUCAUCGUUUCUGGUCUGGCCCACAUACUAUUGUGCGUGUUAAUGGUCCGACGUCAUACACGUUAUUUCUGAAGGGAGUUGAACGUACUGUUCACUUCAAUCGCUUGAAGCCAGUUACUUCCUCGUGCCCAGUUUCCUUACCGUCUUCUGUCCAUGAUCUCCCCAACCCAGUGAGUUUGUCAGCUAAUAACUUUGUUCCUGUUGUGCCACACGAUGCCGAUGACUCUGUUCCAAGUACGCCUCCGUUGUCGCCGCCUGUUGCCCUAUCACCUCUACCUCCUCCUCCAGUUUUAGUGCGUCGAUCAGGCCGGAUCCGCACUGCUCCUGCGAGAUUUGAUGACUAUGUUUUGUAGUUAGGUCAUUGUAUAUCCGUAAUUAUUAUAAAUUUAAUUGUUUUUGCCCUGCUUGCCUAUUAUUCGCGAGGUCGUGAAUGAUGAGAGGAGGGGAAUUGUGUAGUAUAGGCCAAUGAUUACUUAUUAUUUCUUACAUUUGUAUUUCGUAUUUCCUGCUCCUGUCCACGGGACGUAUCUCUGGCCUUGUAAGCCGCGCGCAUGCUCACGUGUUUCUGAGCCUUUCUCUCUCUUCUCCUUCAUGACAAGUAACAUUAGUUUUACUAUCGAUAUGAACAGUUUGAGUGUCUGAUGAAACCUGGAAAUAGUCUGGUAUUACCGUAAAAUCCCGCCAGAGCACCCCGUCUCUCCUGUCCGCCCCUCCCUGACUUCUUGUCAGGGAUGUAUCCUCGUAUGACUCUGUCGCAGUCUGUGAUGCCGUACUGUACUGCAGACGCGUGCUCGACCCCGUUGGAAAUGUACGCAACAGUGCCCACCCUAGGUACCCUCUUGACCAGGGAUCGCACAAACCCUGAGUUUUGACGGGUCUGUACAACUCCUGGCUCUUGACCUUUGGUCGGUGUACGAGAUGCACGAACAGUUUUCGUAGGGUGAGUAUUUUUUCAUGUUACACUGAAUGCGGCAAGGAGGACUCGCCCAUCCGCCUCU